AUGUUUUGGGCCUCCCACGUUCCGCGACCCAAGCCUGGGCCAGAUUGCCAGGAUUUUAGAAAGCUGAAUCGCACAGCUGCAAAGUCUGGCGUCAGGAAUGCACGCGACCUAUCAGAAUUUAGAAGGUUCAACGACAUCAAGCUAGUACCACCUGGUCCUGUCGGUGUACUUCCAAAAGUCAUUCCGUCGGAUGUGAUUCCUUCGUUUGCUUAUGGCAGCAAGUCUCGGCCCUCCACGCCAAUCACCCACGUGAUUGGGAACCAAUAUGCCACAGAGUCGGAAGAGGCCUUAGCGAUGCACUAUCGCGGCCUCGAGGAGCAUCAGCAGAAGCAAGAGAAGAGGCUCAUCAAGCUUACGAAGGCAUCAAAGCAGCAGAUUCACGAUGCUCGGAUUAGAAUGAAGGAGUGGAGAGAUCCGAAGGAGCCAAAGGAGCCGUUCAAGCUCACCAAGUUCAAGAAAGUCGGGUCCAAAUUGAAGCUGCCCGGGUCUGCUUCGGCACCGUGCUUGCAAAGGCUUCCCGCCGAGGCGCCGCAGUCGCCACAGCAGGCCCUCACUGAGGAACUCCUGGCAGAACGAAGCGACUGA